CCAUUCCGGCGUCCUCUGGACAGUGCACCUCCCGCCGCAGCCGGUGAGGAAUCGGCCCGAUUGGCCACGCUCCUUCAAACCACCACUUUCCCCCGAAAAAGGGACGGGAGCCUCAGGUCCCCAAACGAGCGCUCCCUCGCCCAGAGACCCCGGCUCGCACACCCCGCCCGGCCCCUCGUGGCGGGGGAGGGGAGGCCGCCCCACACAGGAAGUGUGUCCAGCGCCAGGACCUGCGCCCAGCCCGCCGGUACCUGCCCUCCGCCCCCAACAGGCGAGAAGCUGCCGCGUCCACAUGGCUUCAGGUGUUCACAUGGCAGUAAACGGGCCCCUGCCCUCCGGGACGCCCCAGCGCGGCGCCCUCCAGCCCAGAGCCCGGUCCCGCCCCGCUGGCCUCGCCUCCAGCCCCCAGCGAAGAGGCGAGUGCGACCAAUGCCCCCGGGGCUGCCAAGCGCCCUGAGGAAGGCGGCGCUGACUCCCGGACUCCGCCCGCUCACACCCGCUGCCUUUGCACCCAAGGCCGCGCGCGACCAGCAGGUACCGUCCUCUGCACCCGCAGGCGAGGACCGGCGCCCAAGCCCCGCCGGACCCCCAGGCCUGCCCGAGACACUUCAGCCCUCUGACGCCAGGCCUGGCCCGGCCCCCUGCCCGCACUCCCGGGUCGGGCCGGGCAGGAACACUCCCCUCAGCACCCCAAGCCCUUGCUCGAAGUCCAGGAGGCUCCGCACAUCCAGGUCGGGUCCGGCCGGGACCUCUGCUCCCAGCUCCCCAGGCCGGACACCCCUGCCCGGCCCUAGUCCCUCAAGCCCGACCCUCUCCCUGCUCCUCAGGCCCGGAAGACGGUUACCUGCGGGAGCCCCCCGCCCCGUCCCUCGGCCUCCGCCGGGGGCGGGAGGGGAGAGAGCUGUGGCGGCGGCGGGCGGCGCUGCGCGGGGUGGGGGUGGGGGUGGCUCCGCUGCCUCCAGCUCGCGCGCCCGGGCCGGCGGCGGGGCGGGCCGGGGCCGCGGCCCCUCAAGGCUCGCUCCGGCCCGCGCGCUCCCUCCCCGGUCCGGCGCGCCUCAGGGCGGGCUCCCCUGGCGGAGGCCGCGGCCGCCUCGCAGGGGCCGAAAGCCGCUCAGCUCUGGGUUUUUUCUCUCCAUUCUCCCAACACACAGGAAAUAACAGAGCGUCAGGUGACGACGCGCGACCAAUGGGGAGGCUC